CAGUCUCCAGCACUGUGGCCGCCAAGAACUGGCCUGCAGAGCAGAACGGGAGAGGUGGAAGCCCAGAGUCAGUCCUUGUGCAAAGCUGAAAAAACAGGAUUUUUUAGGGGCAGUGAUGUGAGGCUAUUGGCCUAAACAAGACCAAAAAAUGAGAUCCCCAUGGCUGCAGCUCAUGCUAGUUUUCAUUUAUUUUUUGUUGAUUCUGGUGGCCACUCGUCUGCUGGACUUGAUACUUUGGUAUCAGCAUGGAUUGGCUCCUACUCAAGUUGUUAACCCUUUCAUGUUAAAAGUCAAACAGAUAAAAUUACUUCUUGAUAGUCGCGGAGUCAGUUACACAGAAUAUUUUGAGCGAAAUGAACUUGUUCAGCUUUUAGAAGAUUCUGCUGAUGUCAUGGUUGGUGAAGUGGAGCAAGUAUCAGAGAGAACUGUUCCACUUAGAGAACGCCUGAAGCCUGGACCUGUCAUUUCUCAUUUUUCUGGUGGUGCGCACUUCUAUGAACAAGUUGAGGACACACGAGACAGUGUGUGGCUUGUUCAAGUUGUGACAUCUGAUGAGCCACUUUUGGAUGACUAUAACUGGCGGCUGGUCUGCGGUCAGUUAGAGCCAUUUGGUGUAAGGAUUGGUAUAUUUGAUUGUCGUCAGGACUUCAAGUUGUGUGAGACCAAGGGCUGGGCAAAACCCCUUCUUUUACUUGCAAUGCCCAAAGGCCAAAAGGCUAAAGAUAAAGUUAUCCUUCAGCCUUUCACCUCCAGUAAACCACAGGUCAUUGUGAACUGGGUUCAUCAACAGCUAUCCUUGUGGGUUAAACGCAUUCAAACCAUUGAGGAAGUUGAAAGUGAUUGGCUAAGUGAAAAUGGGACAGACAGUAUAGUUGGUGAUGAAAAAGUAGUGAGUAAAUCAGACAGUGGGGCAAAUAAUGUUCGAGUUCUUCUUUUGAGCCAUCUUCUUCAGCCUCCCUUAUUCCUAGCUGCACUCAGCAUAAAAUUUACUGGUCGUGUAAGCUUUGGAAUGUUUUCUGUCAAGAAGGAGGACACCGAAUCAGUGCGUAAACGCUUGCGAUUAAAUGACAAGAAACUACCAGUAUAUUUUGUGGUUACUCCAGAAAAGAAAGUUAUCUAUGGGUCAAGGAAGUUAGAGUACUUUAAUAUGUGGUCUAUGAAUGUAUUUCUUUGUGGAAUUCAGCCUGAAACAAAUGAUGUUUUUCUGUGUUCACUUCUCCUUAUAAAUAUGCUUGUAGGCCUAACAGUCUGCUUGACAUCUACUCGUUUGUGGUGGAGAUGGACAGCAUAUUGUGUGUGGGCCUUGGUCAAAUAUAACUUUUGGCUGUUCACAGCCUGGCUGGUUUUCCUAGCAUUGGCUCGCUUUGCUGUGUUUGGCAUUGUAACUAAUCGUUUGCUUCUCAUCUUGAGGCUUAUUGGUCUUUCUGGUUGGGGAUCUUUUGUUCGAACAGAAGUUGCUCUGUUAACUUUACACCCUCUCCCAUUUCUUUUCAGUUUCAUUUCCUUUUCUUUGUGUGUAUGUUGUCUCAUCCGCCUGUUUGCACCUUCAUGGCUAAUUUCUUCCCCUGAUGACUUUGAACUGGAUCCAAGACCAUGGUGGGUUUCAUUAUCUCGUCCAAUGCGUGCCAGUCAACUGGAUUCUGAAGAUGGAAUUGAAAUGCUCAUUGAAAGGCUGGCUGUUCCAAACUUUUGGCUACAACCUGUUAUUCCGAUGGAUUAUAUCAAAGAUUUACCCGUAUGGAGGUACCAUGGGUGGAAUGUUGUGGAUGGACAGACUGAAGCACCUGGCUGCGCUAAGGACAAGUUAAUGCUACAUUCUGCCUCCCCUAAACUUUUGGAGCAUCUAAUGGAUGCAGAAGACCCUCAAAAUUUCCUUUUAUGCUGUUGUGUAUGCUCUCAAAACCAACCAGUAACUCAUUCCAUGAACAGUUACUCUUGCUCUCAAGGACAUGCCUGUUCACAUUCCAGAAGUGGCUGCACUUUUUCUCAAGGAUCAGCUCACCCACAUUCCCAUGUGCAGUGUACAUGUCCUCGUGGUCCAAAUUGCUCACAUUCUACUUGCAAUCUGAAGACUACUUUGAUAACCCCAACAUUAGAGACAAGUGCUCAGCAUUCCCAGUGCUUUUGUUCAUUAGUGCCAGGAUGGAGUGGAGCUCCAACUCAUAACUGCCAGGGUCCAUUUAGAACUCCGGACCAGUGCCAAAAUUGUCUUGAUAGCUGUGAAAAUUUGAGAAAUGGAAGAAGCAGGCAAGCUAUGUGUGUUGCUUGUGCUCAUAGGUGUAUGAGCUCGCAGUGGUAUGGUUACAAUAGUUGUCAUCUACAAGAGACAGAUUUAGAUGAAAGUGAUUUCAGUGAUUCUGAUCAUAUUAGUUGGAACACACCUCAAUUUAUCCUACCUACUACAGACUGUGCUGUUUGUUUGGAAAGCUACAACUAUGGAUCAGUGCUGUGUGGUUUGCCAUGUGGACACAACUAUCACCAGCGAUGUAUUCUAGCAUGGCUGCAAAGGGAUAAUCACCACUGUCCUGUUUGUCGUUGGCCUGCGUAUCGCACUAAAAGUGUCAAGAGCCAUUUACAUCAGGAGUGAAAAAAUACGCAACUGGCCGGAAAGAGUUUAAACACAACAUAAAUAGUAUAAGGCUUGUGUAAGGCUAUAAUCAUUUGUAUUUCUUAUUGCUGAACCACAUUAAAUUGGCCUUUCUAUUUUCCUUCUUAGAGAAGCAGUUGAGUAAAUUUCAGUUUGGCACUAGUUUCAUCAUUGUUAUACAAUUUUAUGUUUGAUAUAGCUUUGUUUUAAUGACCUAAUUUAUAAUUAGUCAAAGAUAACUUCUGCACUCUGGCAAGCUUUUUAAGUUUUAAAACAAAGCUUUCAGUUAAUGUCCAUAUGAGCUUCAACUAGUAGUAAACUGAUCUUUUUUCCCCACAAUUAAUUAUUAUUAAAGUUCUUCAAUGGUAUCCCAUAUUGUUACCAACUUUUUUAUAUGUGAUAAACUCAUUUUGUCAACACUUUUAGAUUACAUUGUAGAUGAAGCAAUCUGACAAUUUUUAAUUUGGAAUUGGGUACUGAUGUUCAAAGAACAAACUUUACCACAUUCCUUGAUUCACUCAUUUCCGAACUGAACCAUUUUAAUAGAUGAUUGUAACCUUAUAUUUACUUCACACAAGGUGCCAUCAAGUUUUAUAUAUUAAAGAAUGAAAGGUGCUGUAACAGUUGUUUUUACACAUUUGAAGAAUUGUAAUUGUCCUAAACAAGCUAUGUGAAUUAGUCUAUUAUUGUGAUAAAUAAAAAAAAUCUGAGUUGUUAGUAUGCAAA